GCCACAGUCUGCGCGCGCCCUGACAGGAGGGGGCUGGCCCUACCUGAUUGAAUCCAGCUGUGGUGAGAGCGCGCGGAGGGGGCCCGUCAAUUUGCGUUGCUAAAUAAUCUGUAGAGCCGUCAGACUGAGACGGAAACAGAACAGUCCGCUUUAAAAAAGACAUUCCUUCAACACUUGGUCAAUGCACCGAAGCUUCAGCUCGACCUGACUGCACUUCAUGAAAACCUGGUGUCGGCUUUGGCGUAAAGGCGCAUAGUUGGGGGGGCGGUAGAGCCCUGGUGGGCAGUGGCGAAGGGGAUCUGGGAGAGUUUACGGGUCGUCUGAAUCUUUCCUUUGAGGGAGCUCAAUAGAAACCAUAAACCAUGCUUUGGGAAAUACGUGGCUUCAGGGUUUUCACUUCUAUAAGGAUGUUGGCAGCUGUUGUAUUUAUUCUGCUUUUGAUCCAGCCUGGACACGGACAGACCUGCACAGAGGGAUUUGCAUAUGACCACAGGGCCAGACAGUGUAUAGAUGUGGAUGAGUGCCGUACAGUGCCAGAUCCUUGCAGAGGCGAUAUGCUGUGUGUAAACCAGAACGGCGGCUAUCUAUGCAUUCCCAGGAACAUGUACAACUACAAUUACCGACCGGACCCUGUCCCACCUGAGCCUGUUUACCCGGACACGUCGGUUGGAUUCUCAGACACCUUCCCACCAUCUCGCCCGAGGCCUGUGGAGCCCAGUUACCCCAGAGUGAGGGGCACUGCUCCGUGCAUCCUGGGAUAUUCAGCUGCGGAGGAUGGCACUUGUAACGAUAUCGAUGAAUGUGAGACAAACUCCCAUCACUGUAACCCCACCCAGGUGUGCAUCAAUACAGCUGGGGGCUACACCUGCUCCUGCAGUGAGGGAUACUGGCUCAUCGGUGGACAGUGUCAGGAUAUUGAUGAAUGUCGCUACGGUUACUGCCAGCAGUUGUGUGCCAAUGUCCCCGGCUCUUAUUCCUGCUCCUGUAACCCUGGUUUCAUUCUGAAUCCAGACAGCAGGACCUGUCAAGAUGUGGAUGAGUGUGAAGAUGACCCGUGCAGUCACGGCUGCUUCAACACCUACGGAUCCUUCAUGUGCAACUGUGACGAGGGCUUUGAGUUGGCAGCUGAUGGUACUACUUGCAUAGACUUGGAUGAAUGCAGUUUCUCUGAGUUUCUGUGUCAGAACAGAUGUGUAAACACUCCUGGCUCUUUCACCUGCAUUUGUCCACCUGGUUAUUAUGUAUAUGAGGAUGGCAGAAGCUGUGAAGAUAUCAAUGAAUGUGACACUGGUAACAACACCUGUACAACAGCACAAACAUGUUUCAAUUUCCAGGGAGGUUAUACAUGCCUGGAUCCUUUACAUUGUGACCUUCCUUACAUUGAAGUUAGUGACAAUCAGUGUAUGUGCUCCGCUGAGAACCCUGCCUGCAGGGACAAGCCCUUCACUAUCCUUUACCGACACAUGGACUUGUCCUCCGGACGCAGUGUUCCUGCAGACAUUUUCCAAAUGCAGGCCACCACACGUUACCCCGGAGCCUUCUAUAUCUUCCAGAUAAAGUCUGGCAAUGAAGGACGAGAGUUUUACAUGAGGCAAACCAGUAAUGUGAGUGCCACUCUGGUGCUGUCCCGGCCCAUUAAGGGUCCCAGAGAGGUGGUGCUGGACCUGGAGAUGGUCACGGUCAACAACGUCAUCAACUUCCGAGGCAGCUCCAUCAUUCGCCUGACGAUAUUUGUAUCAGAGCACCCGUUCUGAGAUCAAGUUUCCACAUGAACUUCAUCACCCCCCAUAAAAAAGAAAAUUCCAGCAUGAUGCGGCUGCACUCUGCUGCAGCUGAUGUAAUAACCUGAGACAGUCAUCACCUCUUAUGUGUUUUAAGAAUUAUCAUGUCAUAGUCAACAAAGUCAAGUCCGAUAAAGACUCAGCUGAUGGGAAAGAAUCAACCCCCCCACCCAGGUUUAAUGGACACUGAGCUUUUAUUGCUGUGAUAUGGACUGUCACACAGAGGGAUAUUUAUGGUGUACAAUUUCUGAUAUCCUCUAUUUACAAAUGAUCUGAGAAUGAUUGAAACUCUGUGCAUCCACUAUCCAGCUUGUUUUUAUUUUUAGUGACUUACCAUCUAUUCACAUAAGCUGUGAAAGUCACAUUUAGUGAGCCCUUAUCUCAACAUAAGUGUAAAUGUACUUUUGCAGAGGUAAUAUGCAGAGUGAUGUAACAACCAGUCAUUAACUGAAUUAUUGAUCACAGUUUCUUGUAGACCAAUAAAUGUCUUCACCACA